AUGCGUUCUUUGCAAAUUAAAAAUCAUUUUAUACGUUUACAUUGCCAGUUUGUGGAAAGUGACGUCGACGAGCAAUUGAUUUUAUUCAUCCCUUUCACUGGUAGCGUUAAAUUAAAAUCAAUUUCAAUCAAAUCGGGUCCUGGAGACAGCUGUCCCUCAAAAAUGAAGGCGUAUAUUAACCGCGAAGAUAUUGAUUUUGACACCGUUGAUUCUUACACUGCAACUCAGGAAUGGGAAUUAAUUUCUAACCCGGAUAAUAUUGAAUAUAUUACAAGGAUGGCAAAAAUGUACAACGUAAGAAAUUUGACACUUUAUUUUCCUGAAAAUUUUGGCGAUGAUGUGACAAGGAUUUUUUAUAUCGGGCUUAAAGGAGAAUGGACUGAGAUAAAGUUCUUGAUGAAACAAGCUUCGACACCUAAUCCUGCAGACCAUAAAAAUCCAGCUGAAGAUGAAAAAAUCCACCACACCAUCAAUUGA